GCAGUGUCAUGCACUUUAACAUGAAUUUAAUAUCCAACUGUUUAUAUUUAGUGAUAUGCGUAUUUAUACAUGUUACCAAUGAAGAAAUGACAACCACGACGGACACUCUAAACAAAGCUAAAACCGAUACAAUUAACAAAAUAAAUGAUCCAAAUUUAAAAGAAAAUAUUAAAAAUAUUGAUGAAACAAAGGAACAUCAAACGGGAUCAACACAAUUUGAUAUGAAAGACUUCAAAGUCACUACAUUGAAAAGUCACCAUUUCGAGGAUGAAAAUACCGCAGCUUGCUUAGCUAACAUAGAUCCAGCGAAGAUAGAAGCAGUUAAAAAGAGUAUUAGGAACAACGAUGGUAAAGUUGAAUACGUACCCGCUGAUCCUCUACAUGUUAAUGAUGAAGAUAUUAAAAUUGUCAAUUGUUUUAAGAGAGAAGCUAAAGAUAAAAAAGUAAAUAAAGAUAAUAAAGAAUCCAACGAAAAUUCAGAUAAAACCAAGUCAGUAGUCGACGCAAAAGAAGAAAAGAUUAAUACAACAGCCACAAAUGCUACAGACAAUAGUAUAAAUUUAAAUACAGUAGAAGAAGAAGAUUCGCCAAAUCAAGAACCUGCCAGAAGAGACACAGAAUACCAAUUCGAAGCGCUAGAGUACUACGACGAUGAACUGGUGUUUGACAACACAACUUGCCCUGACAAGGUGGAGGUUAUAGAGCUACAACUGGGCGAAGUGAAGAAAUAUGAUCUCGAGUGUAGUAUGAUCACGCAUUGGACAGGCUUGUCUGGUGCUGACGAGAUGUACAGUUAGGUUACAA